GGCGAGGUUGCUGCCAUGGCGGCCGAGGCCCUUGCGGCUGAGGCGGUGGCGUCGCGCCUGGCGCGGCAGGAGGAGGACAUCCGUUGGCUGUGGGCGGAGGUCCACCGUCUGAGGGACGAGCAGCUGAACGCGCCGGACCGCUGCCAGGCCGAGGGGCCGUGCCUCACGCGCGAGGUGGCGCAGCUGCGGGCAGAGAACCGCGAGCUGCGCCACCGCCUGUACCGACUGCGGCUGUGCCUUGAGGAGGAGCUGAGCCACCAGGCGAGGCUGGAGGGCGCGGAGCGGGCGGAGGCGGGGCGCGGGGCCGCAGGCGCGCAGCCUCCUCCGAGUCAAAGCCCAGAAGAGGACGUUAGAAAGGAGAUUGAGCCCGACAAUGAGGUGAAGAAACCACCAAAUUUUAUGAAGGAAAGAUUGAAGCUUUUUGAAAUAUUGAAGAAAGAUCAUCAGCUCUUACUUGCUAUUUAUGAAAAGAAGGGAGAUUCAAGCGAUGUGAUCACAGUAAGAGUGGCUGAUGGGAGAACAGUGAAAGGGGAAGCUUGGAAAACAACGCCUUACCAGGUGGCUGCUGAAAUUAGUCAGGAGCUAGCAGAAACCACCGUGGUGGCCAAAGUGAACGGGGAGCUGUGGGACCUAGACCGCCCACUGGAAGGGGACGCCACUGUGGAGCUCCUCACCUUCGAGGAUGAGGAGGCCCAGGCCGUAUAUUGGCACUCCAGCGCCCACGUACUCGGGGAAGCCCUGGAGCUCCACUACGGGGGCCUCCUGUGCUGCAGUCCACCUGGCGAUGGUGGCUUUCACUACGAUGUGUACAUGGAAGACAGGGCCGUGUCCAGCGCAGAGCUGCCGGUGCUGGAGAGCCUAUGCCAGACCAUCAUCAAAGAGCAGCAGCCGUUUGAGAGACUGGAAGUCAGAACGGAGGUCCUCCUAGACCUAUUCAAGUACAAUAAAUUUAAAUGCCGCAUCCUGAAGGAGAAGGUGGACACGCCAACGACCACAGUUUACAGGUGCGGUCCACUAGUUGAACUUUGUAAAGGCCCUCACAUAAGACACACUGGAAAUAUUAAGAUCAUAAAAAUUUUCAAGAAUUCCUUGGCAUACUGGGAGGACAACCCUGAGAUGGAAAUGCUGCAGAGAGUCUACGGGGUGUCCUUUCCUGAUGAGCAGCGGAUGGCUGCCUGGGAGGAGCUCCAGGAGGAAGCCGGGGCCCGGGACCACAGGACAAUCGGGAAGGAACAGGAACUUUUCUUUUUCCAUGAUCUGAGCCCUGGAAGCUGUUUCUUUCUUCCUAGAGGAGCCUUCAUUUAUAACACACUGAUAGACUUCAUACGAGAGCAGCACCACCAGCGCAGCUUCACGGAGGUCCUGUCCCCCAACAUGUACAGCUGCAAGCUCUGGGAGGCCUCUGGACACUGGCAGCAUUACAGUGAGAACAUGUUCACCUUUGACAUCGACAAGGACACUUUCGCCCUUAAGCCCAUGAAUUGCCCAGGGCACUGUCUGAUGUUUGCCCAUCGUCCACGGUCUUGGAGGGAAAUGCCGAUCAGACUUGCUGACUUCGGGGUUCUUCACAGGAACGAGCCAUCAGGAGCUCUGAGUGGCUUGACCCGCGUCAGGCGCUUCCAGCAGGAUGACGCUCACAUCUUCUGCACAGUGGGGCAGAUUGAAGAGGAGAUAAAAGGGUGUUUGCAGUUUCUGCAGUCUGUUUACUCGACGUUUGGCUUCUCCUUUCAAUUAAAUUUGUCAACAAGACCUGAAAAUUUCCUGGGAGAGAUUGAGUUAUGGGAUGAAGCUGAAAAGCAACUACGGAAUAGCUUGAUGGAAUUUGGGAAACCAUGGAAGAUAAACCCUGGAGACGGAGCAUUUUAUGGUCCUAAAAUUGAUAUAGAAAUCAAGGAUGCUCUUGGCAGAUACCAUCAAUGUGCUACAAUCCAGCUGGACUUUCAGCUGCCUAUAAGAUUCAAUCUUACAUAUGUGAGUAAGGAUGGGGAUGAUAAGAAGAACCCUGUGAUCAUUCACCAAGCCAUUUUGGGGUCAGUGGAAAGAAUGAUAGCCAUUCUCUUGGAAAACUAUGGGGGAAAAUGGCCUUUCUGGCUGUCUCCUCGUCAGGUGAUGGUCAUCCCUGUGGGGCCAACUUGUGAAAAAUACGCACUUCAGAUAUCCAGUGACUUCUUUGAGGAAGGAUUCAUGGCUGAUGUUGACUUAGAUCAUGGUUGUACACUAAAUGACAAAAUACGAAAUGCACAGCUGGCUCAGUAUAAUUUUAUUUUUGUGGUUGGAGAAAAGGAAGAAACAAAUAAUGCUGUAAAUGUUCGAACAAGAGACAACAAAAUUCAUGGGGAGAUCUCAGUAACUUCCGCCAUUAAUAAAUUGAAGAAUCUCAAGCAGUCACGUACCCUGAAUGCUGAGGAAGAAUUCUGACGUCCUUUCCCUGUGUGCAGUCUGUGUAACCUCAUUUUGACCCCCAAGCUUGCAUUUUCCCUAAUUACUAUUAGUACCUCUAAGAACUUGGAACCCAUUGUCAGCUCUGCUGCUGGGCACAGUGAGAAGCGAGUCAGGAACUGAGUGGUUGAUACCCACAAAAUCUGAUUUACUCAUGUGUCUACAGACAAAGGACAAGGGUGAGAAAUUUUAAAUUUCCUAAAUGUCUUGAGAAACUUAAAUAGGAAAAUGUUCAUCAAAAAAGAGAAAUACUAGGAAAUAAACAAUAUGAUAUGUUACUGUUAAGAACUGUGGUUUUUCAAAAGAUAAAUCUCAAAUAAAACUCUGCAAAGCUUUUUGAA